UGAGAAAACAACCAUUGCAAAUUUGCAAUAUUGCAUAGUGCCGUGACUGCCGUCGCCUAGGGCUUUCACCGCACUAACACUCCCAAGUCCCAAGUCCCAAUUCCCAAAUCGAAGCUGCUCUCCGCCUCUCCGGCAUCCGCCAUUCCGCCGCGCUCUACGUCUCCUGUCGGCUGUGUCCUGCCGUGCUGGUUCAUCGCUGCCGAGUGUCGAAGACGAAGCACCAAGAUCUCACUGGUUCAUCGCUGGUUCAUCACUGCUCAUCUCUGGCUCGCUUAGUUCACUCCACUACUCCAGUCUUCGGCUCUUCGCCUCCUCGCCGUCUUCAGUCUUCCUGCUUGGCUGCUGCCGCUGCUUUUGCCGACUGCUCGGCUUCCUGCUUUUGCCGACUGCUUGGCUUCUCAGUCAACUACUCCAGUCUUUGGCGUCUUCGGUCUUCCUGCUUGGCUGCUCUUGCGGACUUGCCGAUUUGCUGUUGGUGCUCAUCACGAAGUUCUAUCUUAACAAUUUCUUUGUUCUCUGGAGACUGGAGUACAAUGGUUAUGUCAUUGGAUCAUUGGAUGAUUGCACGCAUGAUUACUUAUUUGUUGACCAUGAUCAGGGUUUAUCUUGCUUGAUCAUGAGGAUGUGACAAACUUUAUUCAAAUAAGAAGCCGAUCUUGAUGGGGCCUAGUAAGGUUGCUGAUUUAGUGAUCUUGUUGAGCUAAGUUAAUCAUCUAAAGCAUAUGAUUAGAUGGAAAGAAGCAUAGCAGAUGAGCUCUACUGUGAUCUAUUGAAUGUGUCCAAUAUUCAUUUAGAUCCCAGGUCAAAUGUUGAUGGUGCGGUACAUAAUUCACAUGAUAGUGAUGGGGAUGAACUAUGGUAUGAUGAUGGAGCUUUACCCUAUGAGACAGACAAAGUUGAAAAAGCAUUUGAUAUGGAAAGGGAGUGGCAGAGGAGGCGCGAGCAAUUUCAUACAAUUGGAUAUCGUGACGGUCUGGUAGCUGGAAAAGAAGCAUCUGCUCAAGGGGGAUUUAACAUAGGCUUUAAGGAAUCUGUAUUUGUUGGCCAAGCAUGGGGUCUUGUCAGAGGCGUUACCAGUGCUUGGGUUUGUCUUCCUGAUGGGGUAAAAGAGAGGUUGGUUGAGACAGAGGAGAAAAGAAACAAGUUGCGGCAGUUGCAUGAAUCAGUGCGUGGUAUUUCGGCAACAGAUGCACUUAGGUUCUUCCAUGAUCACCUUAAUAACAAUUUGAUGGAGCAUGGGGAGAAUGCAGAAACCAGUUCCAAUGCAGGAGAUUUGCAUGCCCAAUGUUCUGGUGCAAAUGUUAUUGAACAUUAUGUCCGGGAGUUUAACUUGCUUCUUGUUCAAUGUUCUGCAAUGGAUGUGCACCUAGAAUGACUUAAAAUUGUCAUGUAAUGCGUGGAAUAUGCUUAGGUGUAUGUGCAUCCAAAGGAAAUAUAUUUGGCGUCUUUUGGAUAGCGACGCAAAACUAGGCAUCUGUCGGAUAUAUCAUUUCUGUUUUGAAGGGUUUCUCAUCUGCCUAUAUUGAGCCUGGACGUUGAAGCAUUCCAUACAAGCCAGCUGCUUGGGCAACAUACAUAGCUUGAUUGACUCUGCUUGAUCUCAAUAGUUGAAUCGUGUUCUUCUUGGCAACCUUGAAAGUCUGUGAACUUUGACAAUACCACUUUUGUAACCGGAGCUUUUAUGGUUAGUAUUGUUGUAUAGUAAAUUUUGUUUUUGGAGAUAAAUGAAAAACAUAUUUUUAGGGUUAAUUACACUUUACUCCUCAAGCUUUUGCCUGAAUUGUACUUUACCCCUUCUGAACCAAAUUAAUGGGCACUUAUCUCCUUUGAAAAAUUCCACUGUACAAAAAUAUACAAAUACAUGAUGUGGAUUUUUCCUUUGACAAAAA